GCUGCUGCUGAUGCUGAUGCUGAUGCUGAUUCAGUGAUUAAUAGUCACUGCUUUGGAGCUACUGCGCAUUCAGGUCUACGCAGCUUCCAUCUUGAACAUCCUGGAGCAGAGUGAGGACAAGAAUACAUAUAUACUGUUUGUUUUGUUUUUUUGUUUUUUUUAAAUGUGUUAAUACAUAUUGCGGUGGGUGAAAAACAUAUAAACGAAACUGCUAAUAGCUGUUAUUUGAUCGGUCGCCUGAAGCUACUGACUGAGGAGACUGCGCGAUUCCUAAUGGUGUCUUGCUGCUAGCACGAUCAGCUGUAUUGUAGAAUUCACUAUUAAUUUGUUUGGAAAACGGUCUCAAGAAUAAUUGUUGCUAGAAUAUAUACUACUAAGAAAGCAUUUCCCAUCAGGGUUGAUGUGUCCAAAAAUGAAUGUCUUAAAGUUGUCCUUUCUUCUCCUGGUCUUGUCCUUGUGGAUGGAGGAUGGCUCUGCCAAAGAGAAGUCUUCAAAGAAAGGAAAGGGCAAAAGAAAGCAUUUGUGUCCUUCGGAGCUGUCAAGUGAAGCUCUUGCACGAGUACCAGUCAACUCUACCAGCAACAUCUUGAACAGACUGCUGCUUACUUACGAUCCAAGAAUUCGACCCAAUUUCAAAGGUAUUCCAGUGGAUGAUAAAGUUAACAUUUUCAUCAACAGUUUUGGUUCAAUUCAGGAAACAACAAUGGAUUACAGAGUAAACAUCUUCCUGAGGCAGCGGUGGAAUGAUCCCAGGCUCCGGCUACCAGCUGACUUCAAAUCAGAUGCUCUGACUGUAGAUCCAAAAAUGUUCAAAUGUCUCUGGAAACCUGAUUUGUUUUUCGCAAAUGAAAAGAAUGCCAAUUUCCAUGAUGUCACACAAGAAAACAUCCUGCUGUUUAUCUACCGCAAUGGGGAUGUCCUUCUGAGUAUGAGGUUAUCUGUGACUCUGUCCUGCCCACUGGACUUAACUUUAUUUCCCAUGGAUACACAGCGGUGCAAGAUGCAACUGGAAAGCUUUGGAUACACAACAGAUGACCUGCGGUUCAUAUGGCAAUCUGGAGACCCUGUUCAAAUGGAACAAAUCGCUUUACCCCAGUUUGAUAUUAAGCAGGAAAUUGAGUAUGGGAACUGCACAAAGUAUUAUAAAGGGACUGGUUACUAUACCUGCGUGGAAGUAAUCUUCACACUGAGGAGACAGGUUGGAUUUUACAUGAUGGGUGUUUAUGCUCCUACUCUUCUGAUUGUGGUCCUCUCAUGGCUCUCAUUCUGGAUUAAAAAUCGAAACGUUUUGACGACGGUCUCAAGGCGACCCAUAGGAAUUUUCUCAGUGCUGAGUUUGUCAUCUGAAUGUACGUCUCUUGCUUCUGAACUCCCAAAGGUGUCCUAUGUAAAAGCAAUCGAUGUCUGGCUUAUCACCUGCCUUUUGUUCGGGUUUGCAUCCCUGGUUGAAUAUGCUGUAGUUCAGGUGAUGCUAAAUAGUCCCAAGAGGAUUGAGGCUGAAAAGGCUAAAAUGGCAAGCAAAGAGCAGGCAGAGGGAAAAACUCCAGCAAAAAAGAAUACAGUAAAUGGAACAGGGUGUACCCCUGUUCAUAUCAGCACUCUGCAGGUUGCAGAAACUAGGUGCAAAAAAGUGUGCACCUCCAAAUCUGACCUGAGGUCUAAUGACUUCAGCAUCGUGGGAUCUUUGCCAAAAGAUUUUGAACUGUCAAAUUAUGACUGUUACGGAAAACCCAUAGAAGUCGAAAGUGGCUGGGGGAAGUUACAGGCCAAAAAUAACAAGAAGCCAGCUCCACCUAAACCGGUCAUUCCAUCUGAAGCGAAACGAAUCGACCUUUAUGCAAGGGCUGUCUUUCCUUUCACUUUCCUGUUCUUUAAUGUCAUAUACUGGUCUGCAUACUUGUGAUCAUUUUGCCAUCAAUGUAAUUCAUGUAAGCUAUGCUAACUUCUGCCCUAGGGUCAGUUUGUGAUAUGUUUUUCAUCUGUAAAAUAAUAUAUUGCAUUGCUGGUGCUAUGUGAUUGGAAGAAAACUGUAAAGCAUCUACAGUUUGAAUGACAGCAUGACUUCGCAACAUCUGUGCUCAAGCCAAAAUAUGGUGUAAAUAGUUGUACAGCAAAUACCUUUUUGGUAAUAUUGGGCAGGAAAUUGCAUAAAGCAUCUUGUGUGUUAAGAAAAGAAAAGUAUGUGAUAUAA